AUGGCAACUUCUUCCACCUUCUUCUCUCCUUUCCUUUUCCUGUGUGUGCUGGUUCUUUCUGUUAUCAGUCUUGCAGUCUCCCUGGACCCCAGCAUAAAGCUCAAAAAUGUCCCAGAGAACAACAACCAUCUUCAAAACCAAGAGAUGUGGCUGCAGCAGCCCAGAAGUGGGCACCACCACAAGCAUGGCUUGGCCAAGAAGGAGAGGGUCCAUGCCAUGCCUUCUAGAGGGCGGCCAGCUGGGGAAGAGGCCCUCAGAACCGGUAGUGGAGCUUCAGCUGUGGAAGAGCUAGCAGCAGAGGGACAGCCAGCAGCCCUGAAACAGAAUAAAGAUGUGUUCCUGGGUUUUGAAUUCCCGUAUCCUGAGAGGGAGAACCACUCCCCUGGGUCUGAGAGAGGAAAGAAGCAGAACCGAGAGCAUCGGCGACACAGCCGCAGGGACAGGCUGAAACACCAUAGAGGGAAGACUCCUGAUGCUGGGCCAAGCUCCCUGUACAAGAAACCUGAAAGCUUUGAAGAACAGUUUCAAAACCUCCAGGCAGAGGAAGCUACGAGUCUGACUCCCACCAUGCUUCUCAUCACUGCACUGGAACUAGCUGUUUCCACAGAAGAGCCUCCUGUUCUUCCAGCCACAUCACCACGGUCACAGGCCCGCCUCAGGCAAGAUGGGGAUGUGAUGCCCACCCUAGAUAUGGCACUCUUUGACUGGACAGAUUAUGAGGAUCUUAAACCAGAAAUGUGGCCAUCUGCUAAAAAGAAAGAGAAACGCCGCAGUAAGAGCCCCAACAGUGGAAAUGAAACCGUGACGGCUGAAGGAGAGCCAUGUGAUCAUCACCUUGACUGCCUCCCAGGCUCUUGCUGCGACUUGCGUGAACACCUCUGCAAACCACACAAUCGAGGCCUUAACAACAAAUGUUAUGAUGACUGUAUGUGCACUGAAGGGCUACGCUGUUACGCCAAAUUCCACCGGAACCGAAGAGUGACCCGGAGGAAAGGGCGCUGUGUGGAGCCCGAAUCGGCCAACGGAGAGCAGGGAUCGUUCAUUAAUGUUUAGGAGGGUGGGACUCCUGCCUGGAUGGUCAGGAGCUGGGGUUGAACUGUUUAUACCUAGCAAUGAGAGUUAGAGGAAGAAGUCAAGCAAAUGACUGAAGCUGCAGGCUCUGAACAUGCCAGGUUCCAACAGGACUGAAGCUUAUGUUAAUUAUAAAUAGAGUGCCCUCAGCCUUUUCCAUACAAGGACUGCAUUCCCGCUCCCUUCCCUCAGCACAUUCCUGCCGUUGAGGUGGGUCCCCCUCUCCCAAUUAGUAAGAGAUGACCAUGACUACCAUUCUGAUGGCAAGAUACGAAAGAUCCUUCAGGUCAAAGGGGAUAUGAGCUUAAACUUUACCCCU